AUGAGUGACAAUGUAGAUGUCGAUUUCGCAAUAUACCACAGUGGUAAAUUCUUAAUUUUGGAUGGAAUCACUUUUUCAUAUGAUGGAGGAGAGACAUUCAACGAUGAGCAUUCAUGUAUCUCGGAUGGCUACAACAAGGUUCUUAAGGGAAUGGUCAUUGCCAAGAUGUUAUUGAAUGACAUUAGAAGAAAUCCUACUAUGAAGCCGAAGGCAAUGCAAGCAGCAAUUGAGGAGAAAUACAACUAG